AUGUCAUCAUCUGGGUCUUGUCAACAAUCUAUUUCCAUGGAUGUUUCGCAAACUUUUCGAGGAAGAAAUGAUAUAGCAUGGGAACAUGUUAAUGAGAGCGUGGAUGAAAAUGGGAAGAAGAUAUUAACAUGUAUUUACUAUGGCAAGAUAAUCAGAGGUGGAGGAAUUUAUCGAGUGAAACUGCAUCUUGCGGGUAUAAAGGGAGAAGUUGGAAAGUGCUCUAAAGUUCCUUUCGAUGUUAAAUUCAAGAUUGAAGAAGCACUAAAUGAAAUUAGGGCCAAGAAUAAACAAAAAGUUGAACUUCGUAAGAAUGUCAAUCCUUAUGGAGCUAGUGUACAACAAUUUGAAGGUGAUAUGUUAGAUGAAGAUCAAGAGUCUGAAGAGGUUUCUCCAUAUAAUUCACAUAGGUCGCUGAUUAAUUUUCUAGUGUACUGUCCUAAAGGAGUGUGUUUUGUGAAAUCAGUGGAUGCUUCAGAUGUUGUAAAGGAUGCGACAACAUUGUUCAGAUUGUUUGAGGAAAUAGCUUUAUGGGUCAGACCAAACAAUAUUGUCCAUCUUGUCACUGACAAUGGAGCAAAUUAUAAAGUUGCUAGAAGAAUGUUGUCUGAAAAAUAUAGCAGUAUUACUUGGUCUCCCUGUGCAGCACAUUGCAUUAAUUUGAUGUUGAAAGACAUAGCUGAGAUGAGUCACAUAGUUAACCUUUCGAAACGUGCAUCUGAGGUUACAAAGUUUGUGUAUAAUCAUUCCUUUGUGCUAGCUUUGCUAAGGAAAAAACAGGUUAUAUACCUUUACCUCGUAUUGACAGAUAGAACUUUUGUGGAGUCUCGAUAUGCAAAAACUAAUGAAGGCAAAGCCUUUAUUUCUAUAGUUCUAGAUAACCGAUUCUGGGAUGACAUUGGUAUAAUUACCAAAGUUGUGAGUCCACUGAUGCGUAUGCUCAAUAUUGUAGACUCAGAUGUGAGGCCUUCAAUAGGAUAUGUGUAUGAUGGCAUGUACAGAACGAGAAUGGGGAUCAAGAAGUUGUUUAAGAAUAAGAAAGGUUUGUACAAGCCUUAUACAAUAAUUAUUAAGAUGUGUUGGGAUAGGAUGUUGCGCCAUGAUAUCCAUGCAGUAGCAUAUUAUUUGAAUCCUGCUUUUAAAUAUGACGAUGUUACUUUUUCCAAAAAACCUGAGGUCAUGUAUGGUUUCCUUGAUACUAUUGACAAUAAAGCAAGUGCAUUCAAAAUGAGCAAGACAAUGUUACUAGAGGAGAGUAGAUUAUAUCGAGACCGUCUAGAAAGCAUUUCUCGUGAGCUUGCUCUUCAAACUUGCAAAACUACACUGCCGGAUGAAUGGUGGAGGACAUUUGGGUUUAGUGCUCCAAAUCUACAAAAGAGUUGUUGCAAGAAAAUUACUUAUGAUCCUGUUGAUUAUGAGAGUAUUGAUAAAACUGAAUGGUGGAUAGUUGAUGAGAAAGAUGAGGUUGGUGAGCUUAAUUAUGACGAAUUGGAACAAUCAUUAUAUGAAGAAGGAGCUAUUCCUGUAGAUGGUGGUGAUCACCCUUCUUAUUAUGACUCAACAGAUGCUUCAGAAGAUGAUGUUGCCAAUGUUACUAAUGAUGAUGAUCAUCUGUGGGAUGAUAUGUGA